AUGACGGCUCUUCGACCCUCCUGCCGCGGGGACUUUGAGAUCGCGAUCAUUUGCGCUUUGCCACUCGAGUAUAAUGCGGUAGCCCUCCUCUUUGACCAGUUCUGGGACGGAGAUGGAGACAAGUUUGGGAGAGCAGCCAGGGACGAUAAUGCCUACAAGACUGGUCGCAUUGGCAAGCAUAGCGUUGUACUAGCGCUCUUACCUGGCAUGGGCAAAGUCAGCGCUGCUGCCGCAGCCGCCAGCAUGCGAUCGAGCUACGUCGCCCUACGACUAGUGUUUCUGGUGGGGAUCUGUGGCGGCGCGCCUCAUUAUAACCAAGAUGAGAUCUUGCUAGGAGAUGUCAUUAUUAACUGA